ACAGCACAAGUAGUUAUAAACAAGUAGUUAGUGCGAGAUCCAAUAGUCUUUGCCACGUGUUUGGAAGCUGAAAAACGACACCGAAAUCGGCGGAAGUAAAUGUCGCAUGUAAUUUGUUUUUCCUUCUUUUCGUUUAUGAUAAAUCAAACAGUGAGAGUAAAGUGAGAUAUCUCGGUAUCGGAAGAACUAUCCACAGGACAACGAUAAAAUUAAUUAUGAAAUGCCACAUCUGAGAAGAGCGGUUGCAAGUGCGCAUCUCCACUCACCAAUGUUGACCGUCAUCGAGUUAAGCCAAUCAAAAAACAAAAACGGCGCAAAAGAUGUUGUUGUCCGUUAUGCACAAGGAGCAGGCGAUCAAAUUGCCAAAUAAAAAUUAACUGUCUUCUAAUAAUCCGCAAUGCGUGACAAUUUUUGCUUCACAGAAUUCUUUCAACGGUCGAUUAGCGUUCGCUAUCGCGGCAGCCGUUUUCGGCUCAUCCUUCCAACAUGGGUAUAAUUCCGGUGUAAUUAACGAACCUCAACAGCUUAUCGAGGAUUGGAUCAGCCAGUUGAAGAUGAAUCGCACGGGUGUGCCGACAACUCAGUCAGAAGUGACAUUAAUAUGGUCAGUGGCGGUAUCGAUAUUCUGCGUCGGCGGGAUGAUCGGGGGUUCCCUGGUAGGCUGGGUGGCAGAUCGCUUCGGUAGAAAGGGCGGUCUGCUGCUGAACAACAUUCUAGUACUGCUCACCGUGAUCUUCGAGGGUAGCGCCAAAGCGGCAAGCAGCUAUGAGAUGAUAAUCUUUGGCAGAUUCCUGAUCGGUAUAAAUUCCGGACUGAACGCCGGUCUAGCGCCAAUGUAUUUGGCCGAGAUCUCGCCCGUGCAUUUACGCGGCGCCGUAGGCACGGUCUACCACUUGGUCCUCGCCAGCGCGACCGUAGUAUCGCAGAUUCUCGGCUUGGAACAAGUUCUCGGCACCACCGAUCAAUGGCCCUUACUGCUAUGCUUGACGAUAGUGCCAGCAAUUUUCCAAAUGUGCACGCUACCGUUUUGUCCUGAGAGCCCCAAGUACCUAUUACUCAAUCGUGACAAGGACAUGGACGCGCAAAAAGCACUGUGCUGGCUACGCGGAACAAUCGAGGUUUAUGACGAGAUGGAGGAGAUGCGUACAGAAUACGAGUCUAUGAAAUUGAUACCGAAAGUUACCGUGCGCGAACUGUUUAUGAAUCCGGCGCUCCGCAUUCCGCUUUUCAUCUCCAUUAUGAUUAUGUUUGCUCAACAACUAUCUGGCAUCAAUGCUGUCAUAUUUUUCUCAACCAAAAUCUUCACGAUGGCACAGCUGAAUAUGACUGUGGCACAGACCGCCACCGUAGGAGUCACUAUAAUAGGAACCUUGACGGUCAUUAUCUCUACAGUGUUGAUAGAGAAGGCGGGUAGAAAAACAUUGCUCCUGGUUGGAUUUGCUGGCAUGUUUUUAGACACUGCUCUGCUCACCAUUUGUCUUGUAUUCGCUGAAACAUCGCAAACGGCAGCAUACUUCUCGAUCGUACUCGUCGUCAUGUUUCUUGUCUUCUUUGGAACUGGACCGGGAAGCAUUCCGUGGUUCUUGGUAUCCGAGUUGUUCAAUCAAUCUGCCCGUCCAUCCGCCACUUCCAUUGCCGUUGUCGUCAACUGGAUCAUGAACUUUAUCGUCGGGAUCGGUUUUUUACCGCUGCACGAGGCAUUAGGCGCUUACGUGUUCAUCAUUUUCGCUGUGCUACAAUUGUUCUUCGCGCUCUUCAUAUACAAGAAAGUACCGGAGACAAAGAACAAGACUAUAGAAGAAAUCAGCAACAUGUUUAAACAAAUGUCAUGCCAAUGAAGAGAAUCGUAAAAUAAAAGGAGAAAAAACAUCCGACUCUCAUUUUCAUGCAGAUAUGCAUCGCUUUGCUAGAUGAAUUUUUUAAAGAAGAAUAACACGAAAUAAUA